AUGGCUCCUGUUAUCUCGUCACAAGGAAGGCUCAAGGUCACAUUAAAAAUGGCUAUAAGUAAGCUGAGAUUUACUCAGACUAAACGUUUGGCGCUUGUUAAACAACAAAGAAGACAGAUGGCUGAAUUAUUGUCAUUAGGAAAAGAAGAAAGUGCAAAGAUAAGAGUCGAAAAUAUUGUCCGUGAAGAUAUUUAUGUUGAGCUUCUAGAGAUGCUUGAGCUAUACUGUGAAUUAUUGCUAGCAAGGAUUGGACUAUUAGAUAAGAAAGAAUGCGACCCGGGAUUAGAAGAAGCUGUCAAAACAAUCAUAUACUCUGCAUCCCAUACGGAUUUGAAGGAAAUGCACACAGUUAGAGACCUUUUAAUCCACAAGUUUGGUGCAGAAUUUGCACGGGCUGCUAUUGAAAAUGAUGAUAAUGUCAUUCCUGAGAAAAUCACAAAGAGAACAGCCGUUGAAGCACCCUCACAAGAAUUGGUAUCUUUAUACUUGAAAGAGAUUGCCAAAGCUUAUGAUGUCCCAUUCAGUGAAUUGGAAGCUGAAGAAGCAGCAGACGAUGAGGAUGAUGAUGAUGACGAUGAUGAAAGUAAUGGAGGUGAAGGGAAACCUAUACAACUUGAAGAGCCAAUCGAAGAUUAUCCAGAAGAAAGAAUCUCUACACCAAGAAAGCUUUCAGCUGCUAGCCUACCAAAUCCAAAUGAAGCAGAAAAGUCACCAAUUUCAGUGCGACCACCACAUAAAUCAAGUGAUAACCCACAUCCAACUGUUAAGAUCCCAGAUGAGUUGCAAAAAAAUGUCAGUAAGAAAAAACGUACCAGUGAUGCUGGGCUCAAGAACUCUUCCAAAGAGAAGGAUGACUUGGAUGCAUUGAGAAAAAGAUUUGAGGCCUUAAAAAGAUGA